CAGUUCCUGCUGCACUAUGCUGGCCCGCGGUGUGUGUUUCCUGCUCGUCUGCUGCCUGUGCUGGGACGGGGCGCUCUGCUUGCCCGGGGGGAUGGUUGGCGGGUGGUCGCCGGCGGACUUGAAAAGUCCUUCGGUGCAACAGAUGGCGGCUUUCAGCGUGGGGACGUACAACAAAGAAAGCUCCGGCAAUACCUUGUACAGGAUGGUGCAGCUUCUAGGGGCCGAACAACAGGUGGUGGCUGGAAUGAAUUACAAGCUUAAUAUGAUCCUUGGAAGCACCGAAUGCCGCAAGAGUGACAACAAGCCUAUUGAGAAGUGUCCCUUGCAAAGCAACAUGCAGCUGAAGAAAAUACAAUGUAGGUUUCAGAUCUACCACGUCCCAUGGGUACCAUCCACCACCAUGUCAAAGAAAGAAUGCGUCUCCGUUUAAUGACAUUUUUGAUGCUAUGACUUCAAAUUUUGUCUAAUUCUGCUUAACAUUUGCAAGGGUUCAUGUUGAGUAAAUUAUUAUUAAUCGGCUGUUCUUCUGGAGUUCUGUUAAACCUGAUUGUCGAUUAAUUUCGAGCAGAGAUUACUUUUUGCUUUUCUUUGGUCUUUAAUGCUCGUGGAAUGAAUUCCUUUCCAAUAACUUGCACCUCCAUUCUGGUUUACUUUUUCGCACGGGUGAUACAGGUCUUGAUCAACUCUUUCAAUAUAUUAAAUGAUCAUUUUAAAA